AUGCGGCUCCGAGAUCUCUCCCUGCGCCAGGACCCCGACCUGCGGCAGGAGCUGGCCUCGCUGGCCUGCGGCUGCGACUUCAUGCUGCCCUCGCGCUUCAAGAAGAAGCUCAAGGCCUCCCAGCAGGUCCAGACGAGGGAGGAGGAGCCCCUGCCACCCGCUGCGAGCCGGAGCAUCCCCACCUUCUACUUCCCCCGCGGCCGCCCACAGGACACGGUGAACGUGGAAACCGUCAUUGCCAAGAUCUAGAGGACCUUCGCCCAGUUCCCGCACGAGAGGGCCACCAUGGAGGACAUGGGCCACAUGGCCAAGGCCUGUGGCUGCCCACUCUACUGGAAGGGACCGCUCUUCUGCAGUGCCGGCGGGGAGCGCACCGGCUCCGUGUCUGUCCACAAGUUCGUCGCCAUGUGGAGAAAGGUCCUGCAGAACUGUCACGACGCCGCCGCCAAGUUCGUGCACCUGCUCGUGAGCCCCGGCUGCAGCUACCUGGUGCAGGAGGACUUCGUGCCCUUCCUGCAGGACGUGGUGAACACGCACCCCGGCCUGGCGUUCCUGAAGGAGGCGGCCGAGUUCCAUUUCCGCUACAUCACCACGGUCAUCCAGAGGAUCUUCUACACCGUCAACAGGUCCUGGUCUGGCAGGAUCACAUGCGCUGAGCUGCCGAGGAGCACCUUCCUGCAGAACGUGGCUCUUCUAGAGGAGGCAGACAUCAACCAGCUGACGGAGUUCUUCUCCUACGAGCACUUCUACCUCAUCUACUGCAAGUUCUGGGAGCUGGACACGGACCAUGACCUGCUCAUCGACGCACAGGACCUGGGCCGGAACAACGACCACGCUAUUUCCACCAAGAUGAUCGACCAGAUCUUCUCCGGAGCCGUGAAGCGAGGGAAAAAAGUGCAGAAGGAAGGAAAAAUCAGCUACACGGACUUUGUGUGGUUUCUGAUCUCCGAGGAGGACAAGAAGACUCCCACCAGCAUCGAGUACUGGUUCCGCUGCAUGGACUUGGACGGGGACGGGGCGCUGUCCAUGUUCGAGCUGGAGUACUUCUACGAGGAGCAGUGCCGGCAGCUGGACAGCGUGGCCAUCGCGGCCCUGCCCUUCGAGGACUGCCUGUGCCAGAUGCUGGACCUGGUGAAGCCCAAGAGGGAAGGGAGGAUCACGCUGCAAGACCUGAAGCGCUGCAAGUUGGCCAACGUGUUCUACACCUUCUUCAACAUCGAGAAGUACCUGGACCACGAGCAGAAAGAGCAGGUGUCCCUGCUCAGGGACACUGAGAGCGAGGGCCCCGAGUUGUCUGACUGGGAGCGCUUCGCCGCCGAAGAGUAUAUACUCGUGGCCAAGGAAGCCGCGGGGGACCCCUGGGAGGACCGGUACGAGGCUGAGCUCAGCCCCGUGGAGCAGAAGCUCAGCGCCCUGAGGUCCCCGCUGGCUCAGAGGCCCUUCCUGCAGGCGCCGGGCGGCCUGGGCCGGCUGUGUCGGCAGGAACAUUCCAGGAGCCCCUGCACCCGCUGUCCCGCGGGGCCCCUGCGGGAAGGCCACCCCGGCCCCAGUCCCCGCCCCGGCCAGGGCCGAGGGAGCGCCCAGGUCAGUGCGGCCCAUCGUUUCUGUGUACGUGUACAAAAUGUGUAA